AGUGAACAAGAUGGCGGUGCUCAAGAGGAAAGACGCCUCUCGAGGGAAAGAAAUUGAUCGAUAUGUCAACAAUAAGUUCCGAUGGGGUUGGAAGGGACGAGAAAUCGUCGAUACCGUUGGAAAGAAGGACGUUGCCACUCUGUUCAGCGACUUCUUUCACAAAUGGGAUCAGGAUACUAUUGACUACGGACCAAGAAGUGUCAGGGCAUUGGAAGUCUACGCAAAACGACGAAAACUUGUCAAACUACUGAAAGCAACGAAAACAAACUUUUCCAUAGCUGCUACAUUAAGAUAUCAACCCAAGGGCAAGAACCGACCCCUGUUGCAGACAGGUCAUCAAUAAUCAGAAAACAACCGACGGAGGGCGCUGUUUCCUUCAGAUCACCUUCCCUAUUUAGGCCUCAUGUACAGUACAGUACUGAACUGUACAGUUUUAUUUACACAAGGUAUGAAUGACACAAAAAGAGAAUAAUGUAACUCCACUGUAUUGUUUUUUUGGGGGGGGGAUAUAUUUUGAGGUAGGAAAUUAGAUAAUUAAAUCAUCCUUCCUGGUUAUGAAUGGCAAUAAUAAAUAAAGUGCUGUAGCAGCCUUUGCCGCUGUGUUAUCAAUAUUUCAAGCCUUACAGGACACUUUGUGUUUAUGAUGCGGCGAUAUCAACGAUGAGUCGAUAAGAACUUGUUUCCUGUUUUCUUUUUUUUUUUUUUUUGGACAUGUCAGGGUCGCAUCAUAUUGAAUCACGUGGACAUUUUGCGACGUAAUGAAAGAAAGCUACUGGAAAUGUUUCAUUUCAUUUCUGAUAAUUCAUGUGGAUUACGAUUUUUCUCCAUUUGCUAAAACGUUUUUUAACAUCAGGGUUGUGUAUGUGUUGAGACACGACUUUACGGUCUACUGUACUUAUUUUAUCUGUUGUGUAUGAUAUGUAAGUGUGUGUGUGUGGGGGGGGGUUGUACAUUGUACAGUUCUCAAGGGCAAUUUGAUAUCAUCAAAAAAUGUAUACUUUGCAGUUCCAGUUACAUUUUGUUCCUGGACGAAUACGAUUUACACCUUUUCCAAUUGUGGUACAGUUUUUGGAAGUUUUUGUUUUUCAAACUUGUCCAGAACAUUUGCCAAAGCCUUCUCAGCUGUAUUUAACUUUUUAAGUAUACAGUAAUGGGCGGCACGGUGGUGGCUCACUUGGUAAAGUGUUGGCCUCACGGUUCUGAGGACCCGAGUUCGAUCCCGGUCCUCCUUGUGUGGAAUUUGCGUGUUCUCCCCGUGCCUGCGUGGGUUUCUUCCUCGCCCAUCCCAAAAAACAAGCAACAUUAAUUGGACACCCUAAAUUGCCCCAAGGUGUGAUUGCGAUACUGGCUGUUUGUCUCGAUGUGCCCUGCGAUUGGCUGGCGACCAGUUCAGGGUGUGCCCCGCCUCCUGCCCGUUGACAGCUAGCAUAGGCGUCACGAACCUCCGGAACGGGGGCGGACCCAAACGCAGGACUUCGAGGCAGCGGCAUAAUGUUCAAUGUGGUUCAUUCCGGAAACUGGGUCAUACACGGUGUAGCAGUCCGACAAGGCAGUGGCACAGAAACGCUAGGCUAGGCGGGAUCCAAAAGACAGCAAGGUCCGAUGACUGUGGGGCAAACUAAUGAUCAAACUAAAGGAAUCGCUAUGACUAGGGUUACUCUAACUUAAAACGUAGAAGCGGAGAGUCCCACAGGCAGUGAAUGCAACUCACUAACAAAAGCAAGAAACUGGCAGGUGCCGGUGCCAAAAACCUGCCUGUCCAGUUACAGUCAGUGUGAUUUUGAGUGCAGCUGUUUGUCUCUAUGUGCCCUACGAUUGGCUGACAACCAGUCCGGGGUGUGCCCCGUCCCCCGCCCGUCGACACCUGGGAUAGGCUCCAGCGCUCCUGCGACCCUAGUGAGGAUAGGCGGCAAAUAAAAUGGAUGGAUGGAUGGAUGGAUGGAUGGAUAUACUUCAGUAGAGUCCAGGCCUGAACUUGAACCUUUGCGACGUGCCCGCACAGCAACUUUUGGGCUGCUCCUCCGUGAAACCACAUCAAAGCCGCGUUUCACCUCAUUUUAUUUUCAAAACCGUCGGCUCGGUGUCCACUCGAAUGAACCACGCGGCGCUAUCUGGAAAUGAAAACUCAGAUACACCCUCGGUUACGACUCCGUCCAAAGGCCAAGGCAGCGCAGACGAUUAUCGCAAGAGUUCUACGCACGUUCCAGUGUUCCGUCCUUGUCAGAGUGCGAUUGUGAGCGAGCGUGAGCGGAUCGCAGCAUGUCCGGAAAGAUUUUGCCGAGCUUGCUGGCUCUCUGUUGCGCCGUCUGGGCUCAGUCGCCGGUGGAGAACCAGGCCAGGGACUUCCUGCGGAAGUUCGACGAGGAGGCCGGCGCGCAUAUGUACCAGUACUCGCUGGCGUCGUGGGCCUACAACACCAACAUCACGAAGGAGAAUUCGGAAAAAUUGUCAAUUCAGGGUGAAAUUUGGGGCAAGUUCUACACCCAGCGGUCCGAGGAGGCUCAGAAAUUCCCCAUUGACCAAAUCAAGGACCCUCAAAUCAAAUUGCAGCUCAUCUCACUCCAAGACAAAGGCGCCGGUGUUCUGGAAGCGGACAAAGCGUCGCACCUGAGCAAGAUCCUGAGCGACAUGAGUACGAUCUACAGCACGGCGACCGUUUGCAUGAUGGACGACCCGCUGAACUGUCAGACUUUGGAGCCGGGCUUGGAGCACGUGAUGGCCACCAGCCGCAACUACUCGGAGCUCCUGCACGUGUGGGAGGGGUGGCGGAGGGAGGUGGGGAAGCGGAUGAGGCCGCUGUACCAAGAUUACGUCCGUCUGAAGAACGAAGCCGCAAAACUGAACGGUUUUGAGGACUACGGUGCCUACUGGAGGUACAACUACGAGACUAUUGACGAGGAAAGUCCGUACCAUUACACCAGGGAUCAGCUGAUGGAAGACGUACGCGCCAUCUAUAAACAGAUCCUGCCCUUGUACAAAGAACUUCACGCCUACGUGAGGGCCAAGCUCAUCAAAGUCCACGGGGGGCACAUCGAUGAACGAGGACCUCUCCCGGCCCAUCUCCUCGGCGACAUGUGGGGAAGAUUCUGGGCCAACUUGUACCCUCUGUCAGCGCCCUACGAGGGGGAGAUCGACGUCAGCGAAACGAUGGUGGCACAGGGCUGGACUGAGCGUCGACUGUUCGAAGAGGCGGAGAAGUUUUUUAUGUCGGUGGGACUGGAGAAGAUGUUUGACAACUUCUGGACCAACUCCAUGCUGGUGAAGCCCGAGGACGGACGCAAGGUGGUCUGUCAUCCCACGGCCUGGGACAUGGGCAACCGAAAGGACUUCAGGAUCAAAAUGUGCACGAAAGUCAACAUGGACAACUUCCUGACGGUGCACCACGAGAUGGGCCACAACCAGUACCAGAUGGCUUACCGAAACCGGCCCUACCUGUUGAGGGACGGCGCCAACGAGGGCUUCCACGAGGCCGUCGGGGAGAUCAUGUCCCUCUCGGCCGCCACGCCCAAGCACCUGCAGGGACUCGGACUCCUGCCGCCGGACUUUGUCUACAAUAAUGAGACAGAGAUGAACUUCCUGCUCAAGCAGGCGCUCACCAUUGUGGCCACUCUGCCGUUCACCUACAUGCUGGAGGAGUGGCGGUGGCAAGUUUUUGCCGGAAACAUCCCCGAGGAUAAAUGGAUGGAGCGCUGGUGGGAGAUGAAGAGGGAGCUGGUCGGCGUGGUGGAGCCACUACCGAGAGACGAGACGUACUGUGACCCCGCUGCUCUCUUCCACGUAUCUGGAGACUACUCGUUCAUCAGGUACUUCACAAGAACCAUCUACCAGUUCCAGUUCCAAAAAGCUCUUUGUCAAGCUGCCGGCCAGGCUGAUCCGUUACCUUCAUGCGACAUUACCGGUUCAAUAGAAGCAGGCACCAAGCUCAGGAACAUGUUGGAGUUGGGUCGUUCACAGUCGUGGACCAGAGCUCUACAUACAAUAUCUGGAGAUAUCAAGAUGGACGCCAGGCCACUGCUGGACUAUUUCCAAAAACUUUAUGCGUGGCUUAAGGAGGACAACAUGAAACACAAGCGCACGGUAGGCUGGGAUGCAGCAAUAGAUCCAUAUUCGGAUUAUGCCAUCAAAGUGAGGCUGAGUUUAAGAAUGGCCAUGGGUGACGAAGCUUAUUCCUGGAACUCCAACGAGCAGUACCUGUUCAGGGCCAGUGUUGCUUACGCUCUGAGGCAGUACUACGGCCAAAAGAACGUCACUCUUCUCUUCACAGCCGACAACGUCAUCACCUACAAACAAACGCCCAGGAUUUCCUUCUACGUGGUGGUUACCGACCCGAACAAUCCCUCCGUGUACAUCCCGAAAGAAGACGUCAAGGCAGCCAUACGACUAUCCCGAGGACGACUCAACGACGCUUUCCAACUGGACGACAAGACGCUGGAGUUUGAGGGCAUCCCGGCAACCCUUUCACCUCCCGCGGAGCAGCCGGUGGAGGUGUGGCUGGUGGUCUUCGGAGUGGUCAUGGGAGCGGCGGUGCUCAUGGGGUUCGUGCUCAUCGUCUCCGGCAUCAGAGAGCGCAGAAAGAAGUCGAAAAACACGGGAGUGGAAAACCCGUACGAGCCCGACGGACACGCCAACAGAGCCUACGAGGACAGCAGCGACGAACAAACCGGUUUCUGAGGAACGGCGCCGUCUUCAUCCGCUUCUCUCGGCGAAAACGAAGGGAAACGCUGGCCCGGAGUUGGACCUGCGGCCCCUUCCGAACCGCAUCGUAAAGACUUCCGAGGCGGAAAAAACGGACGCUGAUAGCAUCACGGACGCUGACACUACUCCCAAAAUGUUAGCGAUAUCGGGCUUUGGGCUGAAUUAAAAAAAAAAAAAAAAAAAUCACCCAGAAUGCAUUCUCCUACUUGUAUAUUUUAAAAUUACUGUACAAUAUUCUAAAAUAUUUCCAUUGCAAUGGAAGACACCCCACCGCCACACCCCUUUAAAUAAAUUCCUGUCUUUCUUUCACGUUGUUAACGUGCAUUUAUCAGUGUUAUUUACUUUAUUCUGACUCCGUAGGCUCUUUAAUGUAAAAAAAAAAAUGAUAAUAAUAUUUUUCUGAUUAUAUAUAGAUAUAGGCGGCACGGUGGAUCAGCUGGUAAAGCA